AUAUUGUUAUGUUCCUAAUCAAUAUUUUUUCAAUAAUCGGCACUCGGCUGACAAUAAUUUUCGUAACUUCUAUUGAGAACUCAAUUUAGUGCACAACGAGUGCACUCUAGAUGAGCAUUCGCACCCUGCCAAGGGUCGAUCGUGACUGCGGCGCACGUGCGUUGCCAGUAGAUAGCUGCUGCUGCCGUCGCUGUCAUCGAUCCGCCGUUAUCGAUUGGUCAGUUCCAUUAUCAUUUUCCCCUUCCGCUUAUACUAUUGUUUAUCAACACGAGUUUGAAAUUCGAUAACACUGAACCCGGUAAAAAUUAAUCAAUACGCUAUGAACGACUACAAUAAUAAUUAAUCGCUGCGGAACUUUACAAUGAUUUCCUGCCUUUGUUCGUUGGCAAUUCGUCGGGAAAAUCUUGUUAUGUACGGAUAAUGAUUUGACUGUUUGUCAUUAUGCUGCCCGAGGUGGACGGUAUAGAACAGUUAUACAAGCGAUUUUUCCAGGAAGCCCAAGAAUUUCCCAAGAAACAAAAUGUUAAGAAGAAUUGUCAAAAAGUCCAAAAAGGAUCAAAGCUCUACAAGCAGGAUGGCGGUUGGACUAUGUACGUUUCAGGAAAUGCUUCCUCCUUUGCAGUGCUAUCAGCUGCUCGAUAUGCAGUAUUUGAUAGGCAUGCCAAAAAAGCUGACGAAGCAUACUGGAACUCUUCAUCAGCUCCAAUAUGUCUUAAAACUCUUAGCCGAGUGUUACAAGCUUCCAACAAUGUCCAGUCAAUUUCAUCUGGAGAAAUUUUCAUUCCUAAGGUUGUUGGUAUUGGGUUACGUAGUGUGUUUGAACUUAUCAAAGAAAGUAGAGUAUCUUCUCCUGACAUAUGUACUAAAGCUCUGAUGGCUCUAUUAGAUAUAAUUCAGUACCAAUCACCAGAAGCUUUAAAAGAUGAACCAUCAGAAGUUAUAGAUCCCUUAUAUGAACUUUUAUUGGACAUGGCAACUGGAAAUUAUGAGAAUGGUACUUAUGAUUUUAAAGCUGUUUCCUGUUCUUGUCUUAUAAGUUUAGUAAUAGUUAGAGGAGAUACUGGUAAAAUACUCAAUACUUUGGCAACAUUAAUAAUGUGUCCAUACAAUGCAUCUCCUACAAAAAUAAUUUUACCAAAAGUUCUAACUAGUUUGCAAAAAUGUAUUAGAGUUCUUACACAUGGCGAUUAUGAAACACCUGAUUGGAUGUCCAAUGGAGUACCAAAAUCAUCAGAAAUCGUAACACUAAAUUUAAAUUAUCUGAAAAAUAUUAAAGGAAUGGCAUGUGAUGGAGAUUAUUUAUAUACAUACUCAGAUUAUGGUUUUCAUAAAAUUGGUACUGGUUUUGGUGGUACCGUUAGUGGACAUCCAUACAUUAAGGUAGCUCGUCCAUCAAAUCUUCCAUUACAUUCUAAUGAUAUUUGUCUUGGAUUCUAUCAAAAAAUGUUGUACUUGAAAGUUUAUAAUGUUAACCAAACUACCAAUCAAGAAAUUGAGUUUUUAGAUAAGGAUUCAUUUAAAAAGUUAGGACGAGUUCAACUGGAUACUUCAGUCAUAUUGGAUGCGUCUUGUAAGCCUGUAUUUAAUGAUAAAGACAGAUUGUGUUUCCUUGAUCAAUCUGCUAACAAUUAUGUGAUUAAGAGUAUUGAUCCAAGUACUGGAAAACUUGUUAAUGAAGUUCCUCUUGUAUUAAGUCGCCGUAAUGUUCGUAUUUAUGGCGUUUCUGAGUUAUGGGAUUCUAUUACAGCAGAAAGUGCUAUUAACAAUGCUACUGACGAAGAAGUAUGUUCUGUUACUGCAUUAAAAGAUAGUUUUAUCAUAUCAGUUAAGUCUGGAAAAGCAUUGCAAUGGUCAAAGCCUAGUGGACAAAAUGCUAUGAAUUUUUAUUGUUCUACAUGGUCGGAAUUAAGUCUGCCUAAUCCAUGUAAAAUCAUUAAAGUAGCAGCUGGUCAUGAUGGCUUGCACUGUGUGUUGCUUUGUAACACUGGAUCAGCUUAUUUUAUUGGAGUAUCUCGACGUGGUGAAGAUUGUGAUCAUGGAAAGUAUAGAAAGCAACCUAGAGUACUGAAGCCAAAAAGAAUAACUAAAAUAGAUGGGCAGUUCAUAGUAGAUGUAGCUUGUAAUAAUGGUACAACCGCAUUAGUGACUAAAGAUGGUCUUUUGUAUAUGUUUGGAAAAGAUGAUACUUAUUGUGAUAUACAUACUGGGCUUGUCAAGGAUUUAAAAAAUGUUAAAAUAGUUAAAAUAGCUUUAGGCAAAGCACAUGCAAUUGCCUUGAGUGCUAAAGGACAUGUUUAUAGUUUUGGAAUUAAUAACAAAGGGCAAUGUGGACGUGAUAUAUAUGCUCCUCAAAUUAAUAAAAAUAAUUAUUCAGAAGUAACCAAUAUUGAACCAGUUAGCCAAAAUAGUGUUGCUAAUGAACAGGGUACAAUUGAUGAUGACUGCGAUGAAAAUAAACCUAGGGAAGAUAUUUGUAAACCAGGAAAACACAAUUGGAAACAUUCAGUUUGCAUGAUUUGUACUGUAUGUGGUGAAUGUACAGGGUAUAGCAUCAGUUGUUUGAGUAGUAUACGAUCAAAUCGAAAAUCUGGCCAGGAGUGUGGUUGUGGUGAAGGAGAUGCUGGAUGCACUAUUUGUGGUUGCUGUCGUAUAUGUGCUCAAGAAGUUGAAGAUAAUUCUGAAUUAGCAAUACUUGGACCAAAUGGUGCUGGUGAUAUUGCAGGAAUGAUGAGACUUGAUGUUAUAUUUGGUAUUGGAGAUAAAGUAAAAACUCAUCAAGAAGCAAGUCUUGAAGAUCACUUAAAAAAACGAUUGAAUAAACGUGAGCAACGACAAAAACUCCAUUUGGUACAAUCAGAUUUGUCUAGAGAUACAGAUAUUGAUAGUAAUUUACAAAUUGCUAAUAAUACUAACAUUCAUUUUCAAUCUCAUAAUAGUAUAAUAGCACGAAGUUUUAUUGAUGAUACAAUUAAUAAUCCAGGAAGCGAUAUAGAAAGAGAUACCACUAGAAUGACUAUUUUACCUCCAGCUCGAAUAUUUUUACCAACUGACUGUCCAGUUGUUCAAAUUAGUUGUGGUUUACAUCAUUCAGUACUACUAUUGAGUAAUGGGAAAGUAAUAACAUUUGGCAGUAAUUCUAAUGGUCAACUUGGUUGUAGUUUAUCACUUAGUAGAAAAGGUCCAACAAUAUUAAAAAUACCUCGUUUAAAACAUCCAAUCAUUAGUGUAUCAGCUGGAAGUAACCAUACUGCAUUAGUUUCAAAGGAUGGAAAACUUUAUACAUUUGGCAGUUAUUUGAAAAGUCAACUUGGUCGUGAUAGCGGUUGUAAUAGUGUACCAUUGAGUGUAGAAGAUAUUAAUCCACCUCAUACUAGAAGGGCAAAAGAAGUAAUGUGUUGUGGUGAUCAAACAAUUGUUAAAGUUGACGAAGCAUUAAUUAAUAGUAAAAUUUUAUCUAUUGCUGCCAAUAAUGAUACAAUUUUGGUGAUGACUUCAAAUAAAUGCUUAGCUAUUAAUAAACAGGAUGGCACUUGUAAUAGUUAUUCAGGAAAUAGUCAAGUACAAUUUGAUGAAAAACAUACUGGAAUGUGGUGCUUUGAUUUGUUGUACAAUAACUUAUGGCAUAUUAUUGAUAAAAGUGAAAAAGUUGUUGUUACAUGUUACAAUGUAAAUAGUGCUUGUAAGAAACAUUAUGAUAGCUGUUCCUUAUUGAGUUAUGAACUGGCUUUACCACCAACUGCCGGGAUUUCAGUUUCUCGACUACAAGUUUUAGUAAAUUUUUUAACUUGCAUGGAUAUCUUAGCACAAAAUUUGUCUAUGUUUCCUAUUGGUAUAGCAUCAUCACAAAGUAACAUACCUAUUGCAACAAAUGUGGUAGAAACUAAAAAAGAAUUUUUACAUAUCAAUCGAUUUGCCAGUUUGGGAGGUGGAUGGGGUUAUUCUGGACAUUCAGUUGAGGCUAUUCGAUUUUCAACUGAUUGUAAUAUUUUAUUGGUAGGAUUUGGUUUAUUUGGUGGAAGAGGAGAGUACACAGUUAAACUUAAGCUUUAUGAUAUUGGUUUGGAUGGUGGUGAUCAAGAGUAUGAUGGUGAACUGAUGGCAGAAACUGAUGUACUUACUUAUGAAUGUGCCCCUAGACAAAAGCAUCCCAUCUUGUUCGAUGAACCUAUUGCUCUUUAUGCGAAUCGAUGGUAUGUGGCAUGUGCUAGAAUAACUGGUCCAUCAAGUGAUUGUGGUUCUAGUGGCAUGUGUAGUGUCACAAGUGAUGAACAAAUAACAUUUACAUUCAAAUCGUCUCGAAAAUCAAAUAAUGGUACAGACAUAAAUGCUGGACAAAUACCUGAAAUAUUAUAUAGAACUGUUAUUCCUGAUUCACAGUCAAUUUCAACUAUACAUACAUCAAAUAAUGAUAUUCACAUACUAAGUGAUGCUUUUUCUCAUACAGUAAACAAGGAUUGUUUUAAUGCUUUGAUAAUGUUACUCCGUUGGUCAUGGACAACAAUUAAUAAAAACAUAUCAGAUAUAUGUCUUCCAUACUCGCAACAAAAUUUUUACAUGGAUUUAUCUAAAAAAGAUACUACAUCUAUUUGUGAACUCAAACGAUUGAUGUUUAUUAGUCAAUCUUGUUUCCAUUUGCUUCGUUCUUACAUUCAUGAGAUAUAUCCUGAUGAAGUUGAUAAAAUCAAACUACCUGAAACUGAAGUACUUGCAAAUUGCAUUGUUGAAGUCCGUCAACUUUUACAAAAAAUACUAUCAGAUGUCCGUCCUCAUGAAAUUUUAAAGAAUGUUGAUAAAAUAUUCAUUGAUAAUACAGGUACUGAAGUUGUAAAAAUAAUGAAGUGCAUUAAGUGGUUAAAUCAAAUUUUGAAUGAAUGUCAUAUGACAUUUGUUUCUUGUUACCAUGCGUUUUACCCUACACCUCAUUUGAAGUUGUAUUUCCUGUGGGAAUUGCUGAUAGACAAGAAAAAUAUUGAUCAUAAAAAUAAACUACUCACAGCUGUAGUGGCUGCACUUUGUAAUACGACAUUUCGACUUCGUGAACUUAUGCCAAUAUUGAAAACAACACAAAUAAAUGAUAAAUCUGGAACAUCAGAUCAAGAUCACCAAUUUUACUACCCUAUAUUGAUUAAUGCUAUUACAUCGGCAGGCCAUAAUAACUUAAAAAGUGAACCAAAUUGGGACAUAUUACUUUCCCAUCUUUUAGAUAUAAUAGUUUUACCUGUUCGAAAUGCAAUACUUAACAGUAAAACUCCUGAUAAUGAUUUGAAAUCUCUUUCCACUAACUGUUCACAUCUUGUCGCAAGGGUUGUUGCUGAACUAUCUUCACAAGCUACUUUGUCUGAAGAUGGAUCGGAAAUAGUUAACGAAAGAGAAAUAUUGUUAACUACUCCUUCUAGAUUUGCUAAAAUAAAUCAAACAAAAACAUGGAAUGCUGGAAAUGGUUCUCCCGAUGCGAUUUGUUUUUGGGUUGAUCGUGGUGGAAUCGCUAUUGCAGGUUGUGGUGUGUUUGCAGGCAUUGGAAAUUAUGAAUAUGAGCUUGAAUUAUUGGUAGAAAAAAAUCAACUAGAAUUUGAUGAACCUCAUGGAAAUCGAUGGAAAAGUUUGAUUGUAACUAGAGGAUCAUUUGGGCCAGAUGAUAGUGCAUUAAAUUAUGUAGCAGACUUAAAAUUUGAUCAUCCAAUACGAAUAAAGGAAAGAGUAAAAUAUGCGAUUCGUCUUAGAAACUAUGGUGGUCGAACUAAUAAUGGUGAUAUGGGGUUAAGUUGUGUGAAAGGACACGAUAAUACGCUUUUUUCAUUUAAUACAUGUUCAUUAAGCUUAAAUGGAACCACUCAGUCACGAGGUCAAAUACCGUAUUUAUUGUAUUAUAGUAACAGUCACGAUAAGAAUUGUGAUUUUGAAAGAAAAGUAUGUAAUAAAAUCAAAGCUCGAGAGAGUACACUGACAUUAUUGACAACAGUAGUGGCAAAAUCAUUGGAAUUAAUAAAUUUGGGAGCUGAAAAAAUAAAAAAAGAUCCUUUUGUGUAUAAAUAUUUGGGUGAAUCGGCUAUUGUUAAUGUAUUACUACCAUUAGUGUUGGCUCAUAUCGGUCCACUUACAUCUUUUUCUAAAGACGCAAAGAGUGCUAUUCAUGUUUUGGAGCUCAUAAACAAGUUGUUACCAGCAGUGACGUCCAUUAAUUUGUACUCCGCUAAUAAAUUAGACGUAAUGCACAAAAUGCUAAGUGAUAAAUUGGAUGGGGCAAAACAGUUGGGAAAACUUAAAUCAUCCAAAACUGAAAUCAGAGAUUCCAAAUGCAUGACAACGUCCCAUCAUUAUGCGUGGGUUGAAAGUGAUCAUCCAUAUAAAGCUGCAACCGUGUCUAAUUACAAAGUUACAUUUCCAAAAGAUGUCAAAUGGUUAUGUCUUGAGUUUGAUCCUCGAAGUUGUACAGCACAGAUUGAAGAUUCGUUACAACUUUACAUUCCGAACUAUCGAGAUUUUUCCGAUGAUGAUAAUAAACACGUAAUCUCUACACCAUACAUACCGGUUUUGAAAAAAUUUAGUAAUGAUCCAAUGGAAUGGCCAUUUGCUGCAGUAAUGUUACCCGGUAACGAAGUCAUGUUUUCACUGGAAACUGCAUCAGAUUAUCUGAAAAAUGAUCGGAUAUCUCGAUUUGGCUUUCGUUGUUUGGUUAUUGGAUAUGAGGUAGAAGAGCUAAGUAAAUAUCAAGCACUUGGUUAUGGCCUGGUUCAUUUGGAGACUGAACUAUCCUUCCUCGGAGGGAUGUGUGUAUCGACACUUCUGAAAUGUGAUAUUAUUUUGCCUAGUGAUGAUUCGGCGCACUUCUUGGAACAAGAUUCAGUAUCGGCUGCUGACCUGGUAUACACUAAGCAUUCGGGAUUGUUAAAAAAAGGAUUUGCUCUAGCGCCAUUUCUGAAUAUUCAGCAGGUGAUGGACGGCGUUUUGCCAUUAAGCGUGGACGGAAACGAAAACCGUUUUCUCAGAGAAUUCGUGGGAUGCGCACCGCACUCGGCCGGUUGCAGGCUGGCCAGAUGGCUUCAGCCCGAGUCCGUCGUUGAACCGGAUUCAUGCGAGCUGUCGCUGUCCACGACCGAGGUGCGAUGCGGGUGGCCGGCCAAAUUCACCGUCCGCACUCGCGACCAGUACGGUAACCUGGUUCAGUCCAACGGGUUAAAGGUGGAGUUAUUUACACAAUCUAACUGUAAAUCCAAAUCGAAUCCGUAUGUGGAUAAGUGUGCGGUCGGCACGGUAGACGAUAAAUAUUUUGGCGGACAUCCAGUGCCGAAAACAUAUGUACCGUAUGAGGCGGUCAUCAAGGAAAAAUUCAGAUAUCAGACCAUUACAUUCAUGAAACAUUAUGAAAACUAUUCGUUUGAAGAACUACGUUUGGCGUCGCCGUCGGUUAAAGGUGACUCGGAGAAGCUCUCAAUGGAAGCCCAGGGCAAUGGUACGUACACUGUGUACUGGACUCCAGUGGCCACUGGAUAUUACGAUGUCAAAGUGGAAGUAGACGGAUAUCCGUUGACGAAACAGACGAAACACAUCAACGUAAAAGAAGCACCUUUCAAUGGCGUCAAACCUCCGGAUCGUGGACUGACGUCGUCGUCGCCAGCAGCAAAACUGUUGCAACACGUAGGCAAGUGCAGCGCUGGAUUGCGCAUUCGAACGCACCCGUCGCUUCAGUCAGAGCAAAUAGGGUGCAUCCCCGUCAAAGAAAUUAUCGGAUAUACAGACGAGAUAAGCAACGACGAUGGCGAUUGGGUCCUGUUGAACGCGGAGUCGGUAAAACGGUACUGCCAGCAGAGCGUGCCCUAUAUCGAAGCGUGGUGCAUGAAGGUGAACAAAUAUUUGAACGGCGAACAGUUUCUGGUGCCGGUCAACGGAAAAAAUGAAUCACACCCGCGCGCCGCCGCGCCCAACGAAGAGAAAUAUGUCGCUGCGAUACCCGCCGCUAGUGUCCCGAAACUCAGUAGAGAAACGCCGAAGUCUUCUCCAUCUCCACCACCGGUUCAGCCGUCACAGCCUCAACUGCAUGCCGCACCGUCGGACAAUGCGGCGGGACCGGUCGUCAAGUACCGGGUAGUGGUGUGCGGCGCUUCGGGGCACAACAUUCGAAACCAGCCGACCUUCAAGGCCACACCCGUGGGAAUGCUGGUCCAGGGUAACGUCGUGUCCGCCGUGGACCAGGUGACCAACGGCGAGGGCGUGUGGAUCAAACUGUCCGACGAGUCCGCGAUAGCGCACUGCGGCUUGUCAUGCGCAACAGCCUGGUCGCUGGCCGUCGACACGUCGCACGUCGUGUACUUGAAACAGGAAAACGAUCACAAGAUCGAGAAGCAAGAAGAGUGUUUGGUACAGAGGGUGGAUAACGAGCUUGCGAGAGAUCCAAAAUUAACCAAUUGCAGAAGUAACGCCAACGUAAAACAACAACGUUUCAGCACGAGCUCUUACGUGAUCGAGCAGUUACACAUGGACGAUAACGAGAUCAAAAUCGAGAAAUUGGAAAAACAGUUUUCGCCAAAGCGGAAAAAGGACAUGCAUGCGAUAGAAGGACUGAACGCUAAUCCUUUGCCGGUUCCGUACAAUCGGUCUAAGCCAGAGACUAGGCUAAACAACGGUAAUAUGGUUGUGAUGCCACCAAGUAGUCCACGCAAGGCACCCCUCAAUAAAAUUUACAGCGUGGAAAAAACAAAGCAGCACCACAAAAACGCACCAAAAAAUGACACGGCGGGUCUCAGGAGAACAACGUACAACCAUUCACUAUCGGCGUCCAGUGACACCACGGCACCUCCGACCACUAGUUCGUCAUCGGUUGACACCCAUCUGACUUCGAGUUUGUCCACAUCUGCGGAGAGUUCGGCACCCGACCAACAGGAUUGUUUGACAAAGUUUGAAAUUUUCGCUGGUGUAGCACAAGCAGCUACGCAAACAACGCCUGAAAAUGAGAGAGUCAGUUUUGUGCCAAACAGUAAACCGAAAACCAAAAUGCCAUCUAAAAAUCAAUCAAGUUCAAAGAACGGACUGAAAACUGAAUCAGUCUCUUCUACCGAGUCCAAAUAUAAUCAACCGGAAGUCAUCUUACAGGAACCUAAGCAAACAGUAAAAUUAGCGUUAAGUCCGUCGAUGGCAGAGAGUUUGCGAGCUGUGUUCGCCGCGUUUUUGUGGCACGAAGGAAUCGUACACGAUGCCAUGACGUGCGCGUCGUUUUUGAAAUUCUACCCGAGUCUUCCCAAAAAAGGCGCAGUGGUCACAAAGAGGAUGAACGAGAGGAACAAGGAUCGCGGUCUGCAGAGGCAUUCGGUGGAAGUGACGACCGGCGCGGUCGGAUACCGGCACAUCCGACCGAACGAAGUGAACCGGCCGAAAGCGAUGCCGUCCGAGGGCGCGAUCACCGAGGAGAGCAUGACCAGCUCCGGUAACUCGGAAACCGCCGAGAACCACGGGCAACCGGAAACGACGACGACUGCCGCCGGCGGAACGACGACCGUGAACUUUUUGCCGCCAGCGCUCAACUGCAUGGUGCGCUUGUGGGACGUGAUCUCCGCCGACAUGCUUCAGAUAUUCACGGCGGUGAACGGAACGCGGGAAUCGUCCUCGGAACGGUCGGCCGGCGGCGGAGGGGAAGCGGCCAGGUCCGGCGGCGACGGCAAAGCGGCCGUGGCCGGGGUCGCGUCCGCGAACGAGCACAACGAGUGGAUAUUCCGGCGGCUGAUGCCCGACCACCAGCAGAAGGAGCCGAUGUUGUGCGAGCUGUGCGGCGACGUGUUCGGCAUGCCCGUGUCCUACCACAUGCUGACCACGCACCCGGGCUGCGGCCACAGCAGCGGCGGCCGCGGGUACACCAGCAACGGCGUGUACAAGACCGGGUGGUCGGGCGCGUGCGGCGAGGGCGGCAUCGCGUGGUACCUGAUGUGCGAGCCGUGCCGCGGCAGCUACAUGAAGCGCGCCGCCGAGUCCGUGGUGCCCGUCCGGUCCGGUCCGGUCCCGGAAAACGGCCGCGGCCGCGCGCCGCGCGGCCGACUGCAAGCCGCCGCACGGUGAGUCCCGUUGACGAUCGCCGACCAUCUUUCUUCUUUCUCGGGUCGCCACGACCAUCCCCCCCUCCCCCCCCCGUCUCACAACCGAUUCUCCAGCCGUCCCUAUCCAUCGCCAAAUCUUUCCGGGUUGAACUGCAACGAAGAGCUGGUGGACAACCUGCACGUGACCUUCAAGGAGAACGCUAUGUUCCUGUUGGACUUGGCUAGCACCAGUGGCGGUAGGUUAGCCGAUCACGACACGUCUUUGAACUCCGGCCCGUGGACCGUUGGCGAGUUCAAAUGUUUAGGUAACCUGGAAGUUUCUGGUAAACAGCUGUCGGACACUAACGAUGACGUUUUACUUCGACUACAAGAUUGUUCUGUUGGAGUAUCGUCCCAGGACCAAGACGUUGUGGACGGAACUGUAAGUCGUAGCUUUCAUCGUUCGGUUUCGAUGGACAUCGAGAAAUCCCCGCUGAGCCGACAAGACAUAAUUAAUCGCCGAAAACGAAUCAACAGCACCAUCGAAUCAGACAAUGGACUAUCACUCAUGUGCAUGCCGUCCGCGGCCUUACAGGCACUCGUCCCUAGUGUUGACAACACAAUGAUGGUUGAUUGCUCUGUCGAUGGUGUAGUUAGUAACGAAAUAUCAAAGAUAAAUGUUUUCAACAGACCGUCGAUGGCGUUUAUCGUCGAAGCACACAAUUUGGCCGAUCUGAAAUGGGCCAUGAAACAAGCUGUACGGAAAGCUGCCUGUCGUAGUUAUGCUCUACAAGCUCUCAAUUGGUUACUACACGAAGUGUCACAAGCAUCGUGUUUGCACGAUCUGCUGUGGUGGUUCGUGAUUGCCUUGUCGGCCGAGGUCCGCACAGUUGACGGUUCCAACGACUCCACCGAUCCCAGGUGCCGACAUCCAUUAAGUGACUUAUACCUGGCUGGUGACUCCGUCAAUCCUUUGCCUCAAGUGUUUUAUCAGUUCUUGCAAACCGUCUCCGACCUAAUGCUUUACUUACCCCCUGGGUCUGCCCUCCAGAUGAUGGCCGUUCGCUGUUGGGACAUUAAUUUCACACCGGUCGAUCACAUGUUUUUGCACAGGAGCAAAGUAUUCAGCAACAUAAGCAAGAUUUUGUCGCACAGCGAGGAAUAUCAAGAUGUGUGUGAAGAUGCGCAACAAGGAGUUACAGAGUUCGAGAAUUACGUCGUAUCUUCGCUUAAAGACAUUACCGGUAGCAUCGAAAUCACGGCGUCUAGUCGACCGGCAAUGGUGUCGAAUUUAACAGAUCAAACGACCGAAACGUUUUGGGAAUCGAGUGAAGAUGACAAAAACAAAUUUAAAACCAUAACAAUACAAUGCACUCGUUCGUAUGAAACACCAAAGGCUCUUUACGUUCAUUUUGACAACUGUCGUGAUUUAAACAAUAAAGUGUCUAUGGUCGUGUUUUCCUCUGGUCGGACGACCGAACAACUGAACAAAAUACAAACGAUCGACGUCGAAAACCGUUUCAGCGGUUGGCUCGGAGUUUUUAUUAAUGACGAUACUCACAAAGUACUUUGUGUCGAAAUACGAAGCUCAGACACGUCUGUGCGCGUGAGACAAAUCAAACUCCUCGGCAUUGUGUCCGGAGAGUCUCUAGCGCACGGUCGCCAGUAUAGUUAUUCUACCAUUCAGCACCGACAAUGCGAAAACGAAACUCUGAAAGUUUUCCGAUCGAUUACUUUUCAGGUUUUCGGAAAGUUGAUACAAGGUAAACUGACUUCGAUGGACUCCAGUGUCGAAGAAAGUAAAGAUCUAAAAGAGCACAUGGUCGGAAUUUUGUUCAGUCAGAACAAAUUGACGCAUUUGCAAAAACAAGUGUGCACUCAUAUUGUAGACGCCAUACGGAAGGAAGCGAUCAUAAUGCGCGAAGAAUGGGAGAAGUCUGUGGGCAAAAACGAUAACACGUCCAAUAACGGUACGGUCACGCCGACCGAUUCGUAUUGUUUCGAAAUGCUUUCGAUGGUAUCGGCUCUCAGCGGGAGCGACGUCGGCAGGUCUUAUUUAGCCGACCAACACGAUCUGCUGUCGAACCUGUUGAGUUUAUUGCAUACCGGCAGCGCCCGAGUUCAAAGACAAGUCACGCUUUUGCUCAAACGUGUGCUGCCCGAAGUGUCUCCCAGCGCGUUGGCUUCGUUGACCGGCGCUCGACUUCCGCCCACCGGGUUUUCCAUAGCCAGCCCACAGUCCGAAGGCCACAAGGUUGGACUUCUGGACAAUUUCCUAAGCAUUAUCGCAAAAUCGUUAAUACUGCAAGUCAAAGUGAAGGGUACAAAUGGCAGUAAGGUCGUCAAUUCGUUAAAAUUGCAAGACGUAGAAUAUACCGGCGAUCAUUCGUGGUGGUAUUUAAAAGGAACAUCUUCCAGAAAAUUGGCCGAUGACAUCAUACAGAUAUUGUGGGACAUGUCGAAUGGCAAGUUAGGAGGAAACAAAAACUGGAUUGACACGACCAGAGCAGCGAUCGCGGAAAACAUAUUGAACUUGACCAGACUGAGCAAAGAACAGAGAACGAUGGACUCGUGCAUCAACAAUCCGGUCUUAUGGCUAGCGCUGGCAUCACACUGCGUAUUGCAUCCGGAACACGCGGAAAGAUUGUCGUCCGGUCAAUGGUUGAAACCAGAGAAUUCGAAGCCCGCGCCGCCCAGACCCUUAUGUACGAAUCACGACGAUGGUGAGACCGCUGCUGCUAUCCAGUGUCUCACGUGUGGAAAUCUUUGUGUCGACUGCGACAGGAUUCUGCAUUUGCAUCGGAAGACCAAACACCACCAGAGACAAGUGUGCAAAGAAGAAGAAGAAGCCAUCAAAGUGGAUUUGCACGAAGGUUGCGGACGAACCAAGUUGUUUUGGUUACUCGCACUCGCCGACAAAGCCACGUUGCAGGCACUGGUCGAAUUCCGUGACACCGCGUCGAGCUCGACCGAUCUGUCUGUGCCAGUGGCCCGGACCAACGUUCAGCUCGCCAGGGUUGGAGUGUGCCGAUAUUGCGGUACGGUGAGCAACGAUGGAUUGCUUGCGAUCGGAAACGUCUGCGCCAACGACGAAUGUCAGUUGCACGCGCAAAACGGCUGUCAAAAAGUAUUAAAAUGUGGUCAUCUAUGCGGUGGAAUUAAAAACGAAACGAAAUGUCUGCCUUGUCUACACGGGUGUGCCAACAACGAGAAUUCGUCUUUAAAACAAGAUGCCGAUGAUAUGUGCAUGAUUUGUUUCACGGAUGCUCUGUCCGCAGCUCCAUCCAUUCAGCUCAUUUGUGGACACGUGUACCAUUAUCAAUGUUGCAAAAGAGUAUUAAUCAACAAAUGGCCAGGACCGCGUAUCACUUUCGGAUUUCAACAAUGUCCUAUUUGCAAGAUUCCCAUUGAACACGCGUGUCUGGCUGACGUUUUGGACCCGAUCAGAGAAUUGAUGGUCGACGUGAAGCGAAAGGCCCUGAUGCGUUUAGAGUACGAGGGUGACUGCACCAUGAAGAACGAUCAUGCAGCCGCGUAUGCUAUGGAGAAGUACGCGUACUACGUGUGUUUCAAGUGCAAAAAAGCCUAUUACGGAGGCGAGGCUCGAUGCGAGCUGGACGUGGGCGGCACCGAUUACGACCCGACCGAACUGGUGUGCGGCGGGUGCAGCGACGUGGCCCGCGCCCAGAUGUGCCCUAAACACGGCACCGAUCUGCUGGAGUACAAGUGCCGAUACUGCUGUUCCGUGGCCGUUUUCUUUUGUUUCGGCACGACGCACUUCUGUAACGCUUGCCAUGACGACUUUCAGCGUGUCACCAACUUAUUGCCCAGCGAACUUCCGCCAUGCCCUGCAGGACCGAGAGCGACGGCUUUGAACGUAGACGAAUGUCCGCUGCACGUUAAACAUCCUGCAACCGGCGAGGAAUUUGCUUUGGGGUGCGGUGUGUGCCGGAACGCACACACGUUCUGAGGAAGACCGUUCGUCAAACACCAUAACAACAAUAUUAUUAUCAAACAUCAUGUAAAAUACGAUGUUGUACAGAAAACAUCAGUUUACUAAAAGGCUCUGCACGGUUCUUUCCGUGUUUGUGAAAUUUUCGUCCACUAGAAAAAAAAAUAUAAAAUAAAAGUCUCAAAAGUCCCUAGUGGCCAAAAUCUUUCACUACCAUCUUCUAUUUUACAGAGCGAGGGUAACGGAUCGAUGAGGAUAAGUGUGUUUAUAUUUUUUUUAGUAAUGCUUAAUAAUUUCAAUCUCUUAUCAAACGCAAAUUAAAUUCUCAGAUAUCUUAAACAAAUGUCUGGAAAAUAAAAAUAAAAUAAAAUCUUAUAUCUAUACUCGUAUAUAUAUAAAUUAUAUAAAAAAAAUAAUGUUUGUUUACAAAAUAUUUAGUCUUUGCUCGUAAUAAUUUUUUUGUUUUAUAAAAAUAUUUCCAUCGUGGCAAUAUAGCAAUACGAGUGACAUUACCACGAUCGAAUAUAGUCGAGUAUGACUGAUUGAAAUUACAAACGCCACACUUGAAAAAUAUCCAUAUCUGGAAAUUCUACCCUAAUCGAUCCGUCCAAUUCGCUAGCUAUCUCUUUAACCAAUUGUUUCCACAUUGUAAAUGUUGAGGACUUUGUAAAGCUCUUCAAUCGUGCAUUAUAUAACAAUGUAUUGUAUGUCAUAAGUUAUAUAUUUUUUUUUUUUUUGUCAAUGUGCAAUCCAAAAACUUGUCGAUCCUAGGCGAGAUGAAUAGGUAGUUUAAUCAAUUCAUCAUAUCGCACAUCCAUAUCAAAACAGUAACAACUCAAAAAGUUGGUUUUUUUAGUUAAACGUAUAUUCGAAUUCUACAAACGAAAUUACAUAAAUCAACAAAACAAGUUUAUCUUUAUCUUUAAUAUUCUCCGUCAGAUUGCAAUGUAAGUACAUUUUAUUGAAUGAACGAUACCAAAGUACCACCAACAAAACCGACAUUCCUGAAAAAAGCUAUUUUUGAGUUGUUACUAUUUUGAUAUAGGUGUGCAAUAUAAGUCAAAGAUUUUUUUAUUAAAAAAUUACGUACUAAGAACUUUUACUGUUAGACUUACUAAAAAAUUGUGAUUUCUCAAAAUUUUGUUAUGUCAAACGUCAGGUAAACCGAUAACGUAUUUUUACUCUAAAAUGUUCGAACAAGAAUCUCAUACUAUUAUAAAAAUUCGAAGUCAAAUUUUAAAAAAUAUAAAUAGGUUUUUUUUUUAAUAUUUUACCAAACGUUUCAAUGGCUUUUCCUUCUAGAGCUAUAUGUGAACUAUAAAUUAUAUUGUUGUGUAGAGAUUUCUGUGUCGCAUAAAAUUGCAUAGCUCGUUUCACAAGUGGAUCAAUCGAAAACUGUUUUUGUUUACCGAUCUGAUUGAAAAAGCUCAUUCGCUUUUUAUCAAUACUCCUUAUUGCGCUCAAAUUGAUGUUCACCUACGCGGCCGGAACGUUCGAAUCUCAAGUUUUUCUAGUCAUUUUUUUUUCUCGUUUGUUACGUUUUGUUUGUGUUUAGAUAUUGAUAAAAUUAUUAUUAAUAGUUAUGCUAAAUUAAUUGAGAAUCGUUUUCGAUUCUGUUGUAGAUAUUAAUCUAAUUAUAAUGAUUUCGAUUGGACUUAAAAUGUGCCAAUGUUUCGAGCAAUAUAAUAUUAUAUAAAUUUGUAACGGUAUAAUAAUAAUUGCCAUUGAUUAUCACAGUAUACAUGUUGAAUUAUACACAUCAUAAUAACGAUCUCUUCUCAGAUCUGCUGUAUUAUUAUCGUGUACAAUGCACGCGGCUAGUCGAUUCUAAUAGAUUUAAUCGUACUUCGUGAGCAUAACAUAUUAAUGCAUACGUAUACAAUUAUUAUUAUUAUAUUACAAUACGAGUUUUUAAAUCGAUAGUGAAUGAAAAGUGCGAUUUUUAAGUUGUUUAAAUACCGAGGACUAAUCGUUCAAUAGUGCCUACCAUACGAUAUACGAAGUACAGACCGUGAAACGAAGAUGGAUGAAAUAUGAAUUAAUUAGCACAUUAAGUUGUUUUCGAGUUUUCAUCCUCGUGUAAUAUCGAUAAAUUUUUAAUCUAAUUAAUCAAUGGAACUGUUACAAAUAGAAGUGAUGAUUAUUCAUGUUAUAACUGUUGAUAUGUAAAUGGAAAACAUGUGUCAUUAUCUACUUUCUGAUCUCCACCAUUCUUACUUCGUUAGACCUUUUGAUAUGUUGUAUGCUGUCCUUUUUUUCCCCUUUGUUCUCCUUCAAUUUCAUUUCUGAUCAGGCCCAUUGUUGAAUUAGAUUGCGGACCAAUUAAGUUAAAAGGCCUCCGAUUUUUUCGGUCUUGAAAUAUGUUUGACUCUUAAUAUUAACUCUUUUGAUUUUUCGAUUAUAGUAAUUUUGUUCACAUUAAAUCCAUAAGUCCAUUUCGUACUCAAUCCGGAAAUGAUCGUACCAUAUAUUCGUAUAUGUAUGCUAUACGAAAUUCCGUACGUCAACGACAAUUUCAAAUUUUACAAUCAAACAGUAAACUUGAACGUUCGUACACCGAUCACAUCACAAUGCUCUUUAUGCACCUAUGUAUAAUAUUACGUUCAACCAAACUUGCGUGCAUCGCUGUAAACGUGGUAUAAAAUAUGUUUCAAUGUGUUCGUUUUCUUUCUCGUCUACCUUAAGGUUUUAAAAAAUAAUAUUUAUUCCACACCCACGCUGCAUACAGUAGAUGAAAAAAUAAUUAAUAAUAUUGUUUAAUAUAAUAAAGUUUUACUCGAACUUCGCUUAAUCGUAUAUGUAGAAAAUACGUCGUACACAUAGAUCUGAAUGCACUUAGGUGUUUUGUUAUACCCGUACGAGUCGUACAUGCCGAACGGAUACGUGAAAGAAGGGAAGGGGAUCGUCAAAUCAUAUUUUACCCGUUUUCAACCUUCUUCUAAUAUCUCCUCUCCGUGUUUUGUACUCUCUGUGGCGAACGAAGGUUUUGAACAGGAUUGUUCAUAAGCUGUAUAAUAAUACAACGUUUAAUAAUAACUAAAAUCUCUAUAAAAAUAUUUUAUUAUGCCAUUUACUUUUCGCGUGACAUUGUUUCGAAAAUACGUUAUUUAGGACAACAAAUGUAAAGC